CCUCUGAAGUAACACUUUUUUCUUAAUUGAGCUAAUCUUUUGGUCUGUGAUUUGCCCCGAGAGUCUCAUGACCCAGUCAGCACCACAGAAGCGUUUACACAGUUAACUGCAUACUCAGCAAGGCGGAGGCAGCCUCCGUACGCAAGCGGAUGGAUCCAGUGAAGUGGGCCACUUCCGCUGCCUUUAGGUGCUCGACUGUAACUUUCUUGGGGAAACCCUCUCGUGUUACUGUACAAAGAUUUUCAACUGUGAUCCACUGCUUAUACUGUAGCUGUAUGGGCAUAUUUUAAGUUGUUUUGUGGUAUUUGAUUGUAUGAUUCGUAAAGAGAGAGAUCUUUUUCCAGCACAGUGAAGGGAAACCAAAACUCACUACAGCGUGGAACCUAUAUUAGCCUAGAUAGGGUGACACUUUUGCAUUUAACUUUUACUAUAACUGCAGGCACAUGACACUUUCUCAUCAAAGUAAAGCGUAAUUUGGCAUACAUACGCACGCACACACGCCUUUUAUCCGCUGCAUCGCCUGCGUAUUUGCGCAUCACUGAGUGGAGCGCAGCGAAUUCGGUCGUUUUUCAAGCUACACUACAAAAAAUAUUCACCUUAACUAGUGAAUUACUCCACUGACAAUUGGUGUUAAAAAGAUCUUGAAAAGUCGUUGGCAGUAAACUCGACGUCAUUCUGUCAAACGACUCCUCGUUUCCCUCCCUGGUGGACCAAUAUCCACAGCUUAGGAAUAUUUGGAUAAAGACUCUGGACCAUAAACAUAAUCAUGAUGACCGGAUUUCGGUUGAACUUGUCGCCGCUAAAGGAGCCUCUGGGCUUCGUCAAGCUGGUUGAGUGGCUCACAGCCAUAUUGGCAUUUGGAAGCUGCGGCGGAUUCUCAGGGAGUAACACUGUAUCUUUCUUCUGCAGCGAUGGCAGGAAUGAAACACUCAAUGCCAACUUUCACUACCCAUUUAGGAUAAGCCAGGUCCCGCUCAUCGAGGGAAACUCGACUAUUUGUAACCAUUCUGUCACGACGACACAUUUGGUGGGAGACUCAGCCUCCUCAGCUGAGUUCUUCGUAGCCAUCGCUGUCAUCUGCUUCCUGUACAGCAUGGUGGCUCUGCUGGUUUAUUUAGGUUACAUGCACGUCUACAAGGACUCUGACUUCGGACCCAUUUUUGACUUUGUGGUCACAGCGAUCCUGGUCUUCCUGUGGCUGGUGUGUUCGUCGGCAUGGGCGAAGGGCCUGCAGAAUGUGAAGGAUGCCACUGACACAGAGGGCAUCAGUGACACGCUACCACUCUGCAAGGGCAGUAACAUCACCUGUGAGGUCACGCAGUUUGCCAACAUGCGGACCCUCAACAUCUCCGUGGUGUUUGGCUUCCUCAACAUGUUUGUGUGGGCAGGCAACGCCUGGUUUGUGUACAAGGAGACUCGUUGGCACUCCCCGAAAUUCACUUCCCAACCUGUGCACGGAAGGCAACAGAUUCCUGCACCCAUCUAAUGUACAAUAUUCAACAACACACGCACACACGUUCACUAGUUCUCUCAGAUAUUGAUAUUCACACAUCACAUACAGAACAGAAUCAGUCACACUAUGCAGACAUAGACACUCGUAUACAUGCACAUACACUACAUGUAUGGACAAGUGUGCAUUUAGACAUGAAUACACUCCCAGGCACACACAAAAAAAUACUCUAUGAAGAUGAUGAAAACUGACAAAUUGAAAGAUAAAUUAAUGCAUGGUCAAUUUAAAAACAGUAGCAGGUGUGUAGGUAGUACACAGGAUUAUAUUAACAUGUAAUGCAAAAAGACUUGUCAUAAAAUGCCUUGCACAUUUAUGAAACACUAUAACUGAGAAUAGUUCUGAAAGAAAUGUAAUUUUCUUUAAAAUCCUCCUAUGAGGUGUUAAGCAACUCUGCAUUAGGAGAACAUGGGAAGAAGAACAUAUCUCACCUGGGGUUUAGUGUUUUUACACGUGCCUGUAUUUUUACCUGUUACACAUGGGAUAGUUACACCAGUUGAAAUAACAUGUCAAAAGUUUUCAGGCUUUAGUGAGCGCAUUCAUGCACAGGCAAAAACCAAAUACCUUCACAGUUUCCCUUCUCUGGUGCCAUUUUAUGGCACACAUUGAAUUUAUUAUGGUUAAUUAUGUACUGAUGAAUGUAAGGUGCUUUGAGGUCAUCUCUUCAUCUCUGAGAUAAAAGCGAGCACUUGGAGCAAGAAUGACAUUUGUAACAUCAGCCACAGUGGUAUCAAAGUCUUUUGGGUAACACAGAGGCUAAUGACUGACUCGCUCACCGUUUGCCCCCUAGUGGGGGUAACCAUGCAUGGCAACCUCUAGACAAAAUUAAACAAGGAUAAUUCAUGUAUUAAUGUGGAAGUGUGUACUUUUCAUGUAUUUCAUUGAUGAGGUGAAGCAUAAAAGCUUUUAUUCUCACAGAUGUUCCUCUUUAAAAUAAAUCUAUGCAUACAUGGAGAUAAGUUUUAAGCUUUAAUACACUUCAGACAUACAGUGUAUAAAAUAGCCUCCAACCCAAAUGUAAGGAAAAUAGUUCAUGUUUUCACUGUUUGAUGUUGUUAUCAUAACAUGCACAGUGCACUCAAACAGUGUCAUGCUUAUUAUGUUUUUGGUGUAUUUUAAUGCACAGUGGGAGCAGAAAUCCAUAAAGGAUACGUGAUUAAGAGUUGGCUGCUUAAUUAGUUGAGGAAAAUGUUGCUGCAGCCAAAGUUGGAAAUCUCUCAUAUCCUCUGAAGGUUUGAUUUAUUUAGUUUCUACCAGUUAAAUGAUAAAUCCUUUUUUGAUUGUUAUUUUGUUAACCUUUCUUUUAUUACCAUGUUUAGUACUAACUCCUCCUUUUUUUUAAUUGUAAGUUCCAUCAGUGUUUUUGUAUUCUGCCAAAGCACUAUUUUCUUUUUCUCUGUUUAAGCCUAUUUCAUAUCUCCAUGUGAUAGUCUGUCUUGUUUUUUGAUUGUCUAGUUUUUUUUUAUCCUUUGUCAGACAACAAACAAAGAGUUGGUGUUGUAUUUUAUAAACUCUCAACUUUUUAUUUCAGUUUUCAUUUUUAGUAUAUGUUUAAUAUGUAGAAAGUUAGUUCUUUUUGUCUGUUACCUUGCUGGAUGCUGCUGCCAAUUCAUUUAACUGUGUGUGGUGUACUGGUUAUGCCACUACACUCUUAUAAUCAUCAUCCAGCAAGUUAUAGCUAUGUUAAUGAUUUCUUAUGCAUUUAACCUGCCAUGCUGUCUUUGUCCAGAGACGUACACUCUGUGACAUGCACAAUCCCAAUGUAAUGUUUUUUUUGCCAAUAAAAAUGAAUGAUUUUGUUUGUAUUAAUCUCUGAACAUCUUAUCAAUCUGAAAAUUUGUAUGUGUGCAUAUACAUGUCAGAUACUGUGCUUGUGUGUUUGUCACUGAAAGUUUGUACA